UAGAAUUUUUCAAAAAAUAAUUAACACAAUCUCUUUCUAAGAUUCUGUGUGCUGACUCAAAUCAACAUCUCUUUCACGUUUUCUUUUUCAGCGCAAAACCCAGCCAACCCUCCCCCGCAUAAACUAUUAACGGUUUUUUUUUUUCUUUUUAUAAACAAAAACACUGAAGAUCCUUUCUUUGUCAAUCCUAAUUCUGUGUUUAUCCUAUGGAAUCUCUUUCAAAUUCAGUGUUCAUCUCUAAUCUACCUGAGACAUACCCAUUUCUCAACACCCACUUACCUUCUUCUUGUUUGAUCAAAUCGCCAAAUAAACGGCUCGGGUCUCUGAAAUUCAACUCUGAAAUCUCUUAUUUCCAUGGGUUUCGUCUCCGAGCUCUGUCUCGUGAGGUUCCCGGUGAAGGCGAAGACCAGCCGCCGCCUCUUUUCCUCAAUAAUGGGUUUGGCUUAGUUUCUCAAGAUAGUCGCUCUGUAUCUAAGGGUGAUUCAAAUCACAAUAAAAGUGGCGAAAAGGAUGUAGAAAAAUUUAUAAAGGUUGAAACCCCUGGUACUGUCCAACCUGGAAGUGGAGCAAGUGGGGGUACAAGAGCUGGGCUUUUCAGAACCCCAAUAUCUGGUGGAGUGCAGAGUGCAACUUCAGCGCACGGGUUACCUCCACCGGCCUUAGCAGUCCGUAAUCUGAUGGAACAAGCCAGAUUUGCUCAUUUAUGCACUGUAAUGUCUCGGAUGCACCACCGACGAGAAGGGUAUCCUUUUGGCUCCUUGGUAGAUUUUGCGCCAGAUUCAAUGGGUCAUCCAAUAUUUUCAUUUUCGCCUCUAGCCAUCCACACAAGGAAUCUAUUAGCAGACCCCAAGUGCACCCUUGUCGUGCAGAUACCUGGAUGGAGUGGCUUAUCAAAUGCAAGGGUAACGAUAUUUGGCGAUGUCUACCCACUUCCCGAACAUGAACAGGAAUGGGCUCAUAAACAGUACAUAGCAAAACAUCAACAAGGGCAAUCACAGCAGUGGGGGAAUUUCUACUACUACAGGAUGCAGAACAUAAGUGACGUAUAUUUCAUUGGAGGAUUUGGCACUGUUGCGUGGGUUGAUGUCAAGGAAUAUGAGGCACUUAAACCCGAUAAGAUUGCAGUUGAUGGAGGUGAACAAAAUCUGAAGGAACUCAAUGCAACCUUUUCAAAGCCCCUCAAAGAGCUGUUAUCAGCAGAAGCUGAGGUUGAUGAUGCGGCCAUCAUAUCAAUAGACAGCAAGGGAAUUGACAUUAGGGUCCGUCAAGGUGCACAGUUUAACAUACAGAGGUUAUCGUUCGAAGAAGGGCAGGCUGUUGAAAAAUUAGAGGAAGCCAAAGCUGCUCUGCGGAAAGUAAUAAAGAGAGGCCAAGUGCACAAUCUGAAGCGAUAGAAGUCGCAUUUUUGGCCUUUAUAUGGGAGCAUAAUGCGAAACGAAGGACAUCUCGGCCAUCACUGAAUGUGAUAUUAUAGAGGACGUUGUUAUUAUACAUAAAGUUUGUAAUUCCUUUUGGUUGUAAUUUCUAAAAGGAUUGUUCCCCACAUUUUUGUUCCAGCAUAUGUUUUUGUUAGAAUAAAAGUAAGAGUAUGACUUGGAACUUAAUGCAAAGCCACAUUUCUUCCAUGCUGGUUUUCCAGAAAUUUUGGGAGGAUUUCCUGGCGGUACUGUUAUGGUCAAUGCUUGUGAUUGAGUCAUUUAAAAUAAGAGGUUCCAAGGUGAAAGUUCCGGGUUCCCAAGAAAGGAGAGGCAGGAAUUAUGUAGGGUUGUAAACUAUAAACUAAUUGCAUAUGAAUAGCAUGUUCGUUGAUUUUUAAAGU